AUGGCCUCCAGUUCAGCAGGAGAGGGAGCCGCCCUGACAACCGACGAAACAACUUCCAAGAGCAGCGUCGACGACAUGGAAACUCAGAUCGACGUGACAACGGCUUUAGAACUGAGCGAAGAGAACGAUACUCAGGGCGGGACUCAGGAAGAGAUCGCCGGGAGGGCUUCGAUUACCGACGACGGGAUCAACGCCCUUUCAAUGACAACAGGCGGUUUCACAAUGGCAACGGCAACCACAACAACUCAGGAUACAACAACCGACGUGGUUGGGGCAGCAACAACAGAAACAACUCAGGCAACUACAAUGGCGGCAGAGGUUACCACGGAAGAAACCGCGACAACUCAGGUUACAACGAAAAUCAACGACGAGGAAAUGCUCAGCCUUCUGAACAAAAGAUGGAACAGUAGAUGA